CCCACUAAAGAAAGAAAGAAAGUCAAACAUCAAGCGCUGCGUGUUCACAUCACUCUGAUUUUCACGUGCUUUGUGUGUAUUUCGUGAUCAAACCUCCACAGAGUCUCUGGAUUCUGUCUGUAACGCUGGAGAACAGCAGAUCCUGAACACCAGACCACUCAACAUGUGUUCUGUCACACUGGUGGACUGCAGGAAACUGAUGGAGAUGAGAAGACAAACACCAGCAGAAGAAGAAGAAGAACAUCACACUGAUGAAGAUGAGAAUCAAGAUGAUUUUGUUCCUUCAGUCAAACUGGAAAACAGCUGGAACAUGGAGAUAAAAAUAGAACCCAAAUCAGAGGAAGAACAGACUGAUGAAGAUGAGAAUUUGUUUACUUCAUUGAAACUGAUGAAGAGUGGGAACAUGAUGGAUAUAAAAACAGAAGAAACAUCAGACAAAGAUCAGACUGGUGAAGAUGAGAAUGAUGAUGGUGACGGUUUUAUUCCUUCAGAUGAGAGCGGUGAUUCAUGUUGUGAUGGAGAAACGGCCUCUACAUCAAAACAGCGACUGACAGCACAAACUCUUUCCUGCAUCACCUGUGGAAAGACAUUCAGUUCACAGAGACGUUUAGAGACACAUGAGAGAAAACACACAGAACAGAAACUCUUCACCUGCACCAGAUGUGACAUCAGCUUUCCUACCUUACAAGAGAAGAAACUUCAUUCACAAGAGCACAGAGACCAGAAACACUUUCACUGUCAGCAGUGUGGGAAGAACUUUAGCUCCUUUUCUAAUCUGAACAUUCACAUGAGGACACACACUGGAGAAAAACCUUUCCACUGCAGUGAAUGUGACAAGUGUUUCAGAACCAAAGGAAAUCUUGUUCUUCAUCAGAGAAUUCACACGGGAGAAAAACCGUACGCGUGUCCUCACUGUGACAAGAGAUUCAGCCAUUCAUCUCAUGUUAAGAUACACGUGCGUGUACACACUAAUGAGAGACCGUAUCAGUGCAGUGAAUGUGGACAAGCCUAUAAGAGGUCAUAUGAUCUAAGGUUACACCUAAAACAACACACUAAGAAGAAGCUCUAUCAGUGUUCACGCUGUGAUAAACGUUUCUGUCAGAAAUUUCAUCUGAUAACUCAUGAGAGAACUCACACUGGAGAGAAACCUUACAUCUGCUCUCACUGUGGGAAGAGCUUUACUGAUCGAAGUUCUUUUAUAAUUCAUAAAAGAAUUCACACAGGAGAAAAACCUUAUGACUGCAGUGUUUGUGGGAAGAGUUUUAAUUGUCAGCACAAUAAAACAUCAGAGAACUUAAAGGGGCAGUUUGUAACAAUUUUGCAGUAAAAUACCCAAAAACCACUAGGCCAGUGUACUACUUGUAAGUCGUCAGAAGAUCUCCAUUCUAAACAGUGACACGGGGUUGUGAGGUCAUGUGUCAAUGGCGUCAUAUCCGCGUUACCCCUCUGUUACCACCUUUACUGAUGUAGAAACCGCAUGACAACAGUGUCGUGGACAAAUGCGGAAGUAGUGUCUAGCAAGCCACUAGCUUGUCUCGAGUUAGUUAUGAUCCACAAUUAUACUCAACAUGUAUAAAACUUUAUUACUUUACCUCAUCCACUAACAUGAUUGCUCGUCCCGUCUGAUUGAUGGCCAUCAGCGGUGGAGUUGAAGACAACAGAUCCCAUCAUUCCACGCUCCUUCACAGCGUCAUCAAGCUGCGCCAUUGUUGUUGUUUUGACCAUGUGCCCUCUAGCAGCGGUUUUUACAAACUGUAGCUUUAAACAGGAGAAAGACCCUUCAAAUGUUCUCAGUGUGACAAGACGUUUGCUCGAUCAGAUGUCCUAAAAACCCAUAAGAGAGUUCACACUGGAGAGAAACCUUAUCACUGCUCCAUCUGUGGAGAGAGAUUCACUUAUUUAGGAACUUUUAAGACUCAUCAGAAGAAACAUGCUGAAGAACAAACUGCACUGGAUUCAUCAUCAUAGUGUCUCAAUCUGUUAAAAGUCUGAGUGCUCGCUGCCAGUGUUGAGGUCAAUAUCACUUUAAAAGGGACAGUUCACACUGAAAUCAAAAUUCUGUCAUCAGUUAUUCUCCUCAUGUGUUUGUAAACCUGUAUGUGAGUCUUGCUUCAGUGGAACACAACAGAAGGUAUUUUGAGAAAUGUCUCAGUGGUUUUGUGUUCAAUCAGUGGAAGUCAGUGGAGUUCAGUGUUGUUUGAUUAUCAACGUUCUUCAAAAUAUCUUCUGUUGUGUUCUGAAAAAGUAAGUCAUACAGGUUUGUGAAGCGGAUUGAAAAAAAACCCUAAUUGCUCUCUUUUGUUUAAACUUGUAUGAUGUUGAUUUUAUAACAGAUGUAAAGCAACAGUUAUUCACCAGAAUUCAAGUAAAUUCUCUUGUUGAAGAAAAUUGGUGUGAAAUCAUCGCUCUCUUAAACAGGGUAACACUUGGGGCUUUGACUCAGAUGUGUCCAUGUCACGGUCAAAUAUGUUGGUCUUUUAUGUUAUUUUGAUGUCUAUUUGUCGCUUUGGCUGUACUGGCCUUUACUCUUCAAUGUUUAUUGUUUUAUCCAGUUUGUAAAGUGUCACGAAAAGCGCCUAUAAAUAAAGUGUAUU